ACUUAGUUGUGUUAAUCGAAGAAAAAUGAGGUUCGCUUGUGCUACGGUCUUGCUGCUGGCCGCCAUCCUUGGCGCCCAGGCCGUCGACUGGUCGUCGGUGAAGAACAGGAAUAUCGAAGUGCCAGUGCCCAAUAUUCAUCCCAGAAUGAGUGGCAGGAUUACCGGCGGAGAGAUUGCCAAGCCCCAGCAGUUCCCCUACCAGGUGGGACUACUGCUCUACAUCACCGGAGGCGCUGCCUGGUGCGGUGGCACCAUCGUCAGCGAUCGUUGGAUCAUCACUGCUGCCCAUUGCACGGAUAGUUUGACCACCGGCGUGGAUGUCUACCUGGGCGCCUGGGAUCGUACCGAUGUCAAGGAGGAUGGCCAGCAGGUCGUCUUUGUGGAUGCCAAGUAUGUGAUUGUGCACGAGAACUGGCAGGCCGAUACCAUCACCAACGAUAUUUCCCUCAUCAAGCUGCCGGUGCCCAUUGAAUUCAAUGAUUACAUUCAGCCCGCCAAGCUGCCUGUGAAGUCUGACAGCUACAACACUUAUGGAGGGGAGACCGGCAUCGCCUCUGGCUGGGGCAAGAUCAGUGACUCUGCCACUGGUGCCACCGACAAGUUGCAGUACGCCGUGGUGCCCAUCAUGAACAACAGCGGCUGUGCUCCCUGGUACGUGGGCCUGGUUGGUUCCACCAACAUCUGCAUCAAGACCACCGGCGGCAUCUCCACCUGCAAUGGCGACUCUGGCGGUCCCCUGGUCGUGGACGAUGGCACUAACACCCUGAUCGGAGCCACUUCCUUUGGCAUUGCCUUCGGUUGCGAGGUGGGAUGGCCCGGUGUGUUCACCCGCAUCACCUCCUACCUGGACUGGAUCGAGGACAAGACCGGUCUGGUCAACUAUGGCAACUAAACGUAGACGUUUUCAUUUUGGGAACUUACAAAUAUAAACGUUUAUUUUUUGGGAUUACAAGAAA